GCUGCAUUUUUCUAAUACUGGACUAACCCAACCCCAGUCUAUGGGACUUCCUGUUCAUCUCCGGGUUUCGUUACUCCUGGGCUGCUGAGAUUGUCCGGGAAUUUUGAACAUCCUGCUGACUGUCGGGCAGGCAGGUGCUGAGAAUAAUCUCCGUGCUGCAAGAUGACACAAUGGAACCAGUUGCAACAGCUGGACACCAGAUACCUGGAGCAGCUGCACCAGCUGUACAGCGACAGCUUUCCCAUGGAGUUACGCCAAUUUUUGGCACCGUGGAUCGAGAGCCAAGACUGGGGUUUUGCUGCCAGCAAGGAAUCUCAUGCAACCCUGGUGUUCCACAAUCUACUGGGAGAAAUAGAUCAGCAAUACAGUCGCUUUCUGCAGGAAUCUAAUGUCCUCUACCAGCACAAUCUGAGGAGGAUAAAGCAGUUUCUUCAGAGCAGGUACCUGGAGAAGCCAAUGGAAAUCGCACGUAUUGUGGCCAGAUGCCUGUGGGAAGAGGGGAGGCUUCUGCAGACCGCUGCCGCCGCUGCUCAGCAAGGAGGUCCAGCAUCACACCCUACUGCAACUGUAGUGACCGAAAAGCAGCAGAUGUUGGAGCAGCAUCUGCAAGAUGUGAGGAAGAAAGUCCAGGAUCUUGAACAGAAAAUGAAAGUUGUUGAGAAUCUUCAGGAUGACUUUGAUUUCAACUACAAAACUUUAAAAAGCCAAAGUGAUCUUUCAGAUUUGAAUGGGAACAACCAGUCAGUGACUCGGCAAAAGAUGCAGCAGCUGGAACAGAUGUUGACUGCGUUGGACCAGCUACGAAGGACAAUAAUCAGUGACCUGGCUGGGCUCCUCUCAGCCAUGGAGUAUGUCCAGAAGACUUUAACAGAUGAGGAGCUGGCAGAUUGGAAAAGGAGACAACAGAUAGCAUGCAUUGGUGGACCUCCAAACAUCUGUCUGGACAGACUGGAAAACUGGAUAACAUCUCUGGCUGAAUCUCAGUUGCAGACCCGACAGCAGAUAAAGAAACUUGAGGAAUUGCAGCAAAAAGUUUCCUACAAGGGAGACCCAAUCAUUCAGCACCGCCCCAUGCUAGAGGAGAGGAUUGUGGAAUUAUUUAGAAAUCUCAUGAAGAGUGCCUUUGUAGUGGAAAGACAGCCUUGUAUGCCAAUGCAUCCAGACCGGCCCCUGGUGAUCAAGACAGGAGUACAGUUCACUACCAAAGUCAGGCUUCUUGUCAAGUUUCCUGAACUUAAUUACCAGCUGAAGAUCAAAGUCUGCAUUGAUAAGGAUUCUGGAGAUGUUGCUGCACUCAGAGGUUCUCGCAAGUUCAAUAUCCUUGGUACAAACACCAAGGUGAUGAACAUGGAGGAAUCCAACAAUGGAAGCCUGUCCGCAGAAUUCAAACAUUUGACUUUAAGAGAACAGCGAUGUGGCAAUGGUGGGCGAGCGAACUGUGAUGCAUCGCUUAUCGUCACUGAAGAACUUCACUUAAUCACAUUCGAAACAGAAGUUUAUCACCAAGGCUUAAAAAUCGAUCUCGAGACCCAUUCGUUGCCCGUUGUUGUAAUAUCCAACAUAUGUCAGAUGCCGAACGCCUGGGCGUCUAUUCUCUGGUACAACAUGCUCACCAACAACCCAAAGAACGUUAACUUCUUCACUAAACCCCCCAUUGGAACAUGGGAUCAGGUAGCCGAGGUUCUAAGCUGGCAGUUCUCCUCCACCACAAAACGUGGCCUCAGCAUUGAGCAACUGACCACACUGGCUGAGAAACUUCUUGGUCCUGGAGUAAAUUAUUCCGGCUGCCAAAUCACCUGGGCCAAGUUCUGCAAAGAGAAUAUGGCCGGUAAAGGUUUCUCAUUCUGGGUAUGGCUGGAUAAUAUUAUUGACCUUGUAAAGAAGUACAUUCUUGCACUGUGGAAUGAAGGGUAUAUUAUGGGUUUUAUAAGUAAAGAACGUGAACGAGCAAUUCUGAGCACCAAACCACCGGGAACGUUCCUGCUGAGAUUCAGUGAGAGCAGCAAAGAGGGUGGAAUAACCUUCACCUGGGUGGAGAAAGAUAUUAAUGGAAAGACGCAGAUUCAGUCUGUAGAACCAUAUACUAAACAGCAACUCAACAGUAUGUCGUUUGCAGAAAUUAUCAUGGGGUACAAAAUCAUGGACGCCACAAACAUCUUGGUGUCCCCUCUCGUUUAUCUGUACCCCGACAUCCCCAAAGAAGAAGCAUUUAGCAAGUACUGCCGCCCAGAGAGCCAGGAACACCCCGAGCCCAGUGACCCAGGUAGCGCUGCCCCAUAUCUGAAGACAAAGUUUAUUUGUGUUACACCGACCACCUGUAGCAACACUAUAGACCUGCCCAUGUCUCCUCGCACCUUGGACUCUUUGAUGCAGUUUCCAGGAGAAGGAGGUGAAGCCAGCACAGGGAAUCCAUUUGAGAGUGUAACAUUCGACAUGGAGCUGGCCCCUGAGUGCGCAUCUUCCCCCAUGUGAUUCGGAGGCUGUAUUACGCGGAGUCUGGACAUAUAAACUUUGUCAGUGUUGGCCUUCUCUCGGACGUCUUGCUAGUGCCCGCUCUCCACCUCUGAUCGGUUACGGGGUCCGCAGACAGUUGACGGUGCAGUACAACCUAUUAAGCAAUGAACUUUCCAUCAGUUUAAUUUUGUCUUUCUCGGUUUACCUCCUUUUUUUGCCAAAAGGACCUUUUUUACGGAUGGUGGUUAUAGGAGGAGUACAUUUUGGCAAUGAUUCGGUCAUAAUGAUUUCACACUGUCCACAAAUCCUGUAACUGACCUAUCUGAUCCGACCAAAGAUGACCUACCUGCUCUGAGACGUUUCCCAGAGGUUCCACCCUCUACAUUUUUACCAAACGACUGCAGUAAAUUCACUGCCCGUACCCAAGUGGCUCCUCCACCGGUGUAUAUUAAUCUCGCCAUUACGUAGGAGAGAGGGGAUGAAACAUCAGUAAUCCUUUGAGUAAUUUAACCCUUUUUUUAUUUUAAUUUUUAAAUUUUUUUUUAAAUGGGACUUUUUUUUUACCUGUAAGUAUUCCCCUAAAGGACAUAUUCCUAUAGUCUCACAUACACUAUCUCCAUACAGUCGCUGUAUAUUCCUUCAAUCCAGAUAUAUUUAUGACAUGAUAAAGGUGCAAUCCCCCCUCCUUUCUAAUCCCCACUCUCCCCUUUUUUUUUUUUUUUUUUCUUU